UAUUUCAUAUAUGUGUGUAGUAAAUAUGGCGGGUUUAAGGACUGUCGCCUUGCUGCUGACAUUAACAGCGUCCGUUUUGUCCUCAACGGUCUUUACUCAAGAUGACGAGACUAAGUAUAGCCCGACUUGGGACAGUCUCGAUGACAGACCAUUGCCUUCGUGGUACGACGAAGCCAAAUUUGGUAUUUUUAUUCACUGGGGAGUGUUCUCUGUGCCUAGCUUUGGAUCCGAAUGGUUUUGGUCUCAGUGGAAAAAUAAUAAUAAGAAGUAUGUAGAUUACAUGGAAAAGAAUUAUGCACCUGGUUUUACGUACCAAGAGUUUGCUAAAGAUUUUAGGGCCGAGCUUUUUGACGCAACGGAAUGGGCGAAUCUGUUUAAAAAAUCUGGUGCAAAGUACGUUGUGCUGACCAGUAAGCAUCACGAGGGGUACACUUUGUGGCCCUCGAAUUAUGCUUAUAGUUGGAAUUCUAGGGACAUUGGGCCUCACAGGGAUCUUCUCGGCGAACUAGCUGAAGCGGUCAGAGCCAAUAACUUGACUUUCGGUGUUUACCACUCGCUCCUGGAAUGGUUCCAUCCGGUGUACGUAUCGGACAAAAGCUCAGGUUAUACUAAACAAGAAUUCGUCGAUAACAAGAUCAUACCGGAAAUGAAAGAACUCGUCAACACUUACAAACCAGAUAUCUUGUGGUCUGACGGGGAUUGGGAAGCGCCGGACUUUUAUUGGAAAUCCACCGAGUUCUUGGCUUGGUUAUACAACGAAAGUCCUGUGAAGGACACAGUGGUGGUAAACGAUAGGUGGGGCGUGGGUACUCCUUGCCAACAUGGUGGUUUUUACAGUUGCAGCGACAGAUAUAAUCCAGGAACCCUUCAGGUGCACAAAUGGGAAAACGCCAUGACGAUCGACGCGGCCUCGUGGGGCUACAGACGAGAGGCCAAACUGUCCGAGUACCUCAGCACACUUGAUCUAAUUUCCCAACUAGCCUCCACCGUCAGCUGCGGAGGCAACCUCCUAGUGAACAUCGGCCCUACUAAAGACGGCACCAUCAUCCCCAUCUUCGAGGAACGUCUGACUCAGAUGGGACAGUGGUUGGAGAUAAACGGAGAGGCUAUUUACGGUACGAGCCCGUGGACUUACCAGAACGAUUCCGUGACCAAGGGCGUUUGGUACACCAAGAAGGACAGCGCCGUUUACGCUAUUGUGCUGCACUGGACUUGGUCGGGUGAUAAUAUGGUGUUGGCGUCUCCCUUGGAGCUGUUCCAAGACGCCGCGACUACGGUGACCCUGCUCGGGAAUGAAGAUGACGGAAAUUUACCGUGGACCGUCGACGAUACCUACGUUACCAUCACUUUCCCCGAUAAGGCGACCGCUAAAAGCGAAUGGGCUUGGGUGUUGAAAAUAGAACCAAAAUCUGCUAAUAAUGAACUUUAAUUGUAAUUUUAUAAAAAUAUCUUCUCAAUAAUAUGUAGAUAAAAUAAAACGAUUUCAUUUGAUAACAAUUAAUCCAAAUAUACAUGAUAAUAAA